UUAUUUGACAGCUUUCGUGUUGACAACGUUUCUUGCACUGUCAAGUCGAUGCAAACUAUAUUUUUUAGUGAGGAAUGGCGACAGGUGAAAUAAGGAUGAAAGUUUUAAGUCUUUACAAGUCCCUUCUGCGGGAAUCCCAGAAAUUCUCUUCAUAUAACUUCCGGAUGUAUGCGUUACGGAAGAUUCGAGAUGAAUUUAGGGAGAAAAAACUUCUAACGGAUCCAGCCAGAAUCAAAGAAGAGAUUAACUUUGCGGAAAAAAAUUUAGGGAUUAUUAAAAGACAGGUAAUCGUCGGGAAUCUGUACUCAACAGAAAAGCUGAUUAUUGAGAAAAAUAAUUAGGGAGUCAAUUCUGUACGAUAUUUGUUGAAUUUUAGAAGUUAAAUCAGUUGCCUGUUUUAAUAAGUUAAGAGUAGAUUAUGUUGUAUUAGUAAUACAAAUGUUGCAUAUGCAUUAAAUAAACUAUGUAAAUUAAAACAUAUUGCAAAAU